GGUAACAAUGAUACCGGGCAGGUCUAGGGGGAAAACAUAGAGAAUGGUACAACUGGCAUGGGCCUGGAGGUUGAGAUAAAUCCAUCUCGAGCUGUUCUGUCUCUAAUUGCUGGGGUACAGCUGGUGGACGUUCCUUUGUUGCACUAGUUUGGGGACAUGAGAAACCACACAGGGAAAGGGACCAUUGCAAAAGCAAAUAAGGGCAGCUGGAAACGGUUAGCUUGUGAAGUGGCUUCUGCAGGGACCACAGAGAAUGGGACUCAGAACAAGCGGAGGAGUUGUCUCACACCUAUGGAAGAAGAGCGAGCCCUUAAAGUGCUGGUAAACAAUACAGGGGUGGCUUUAGCUCAAUCGGCUAAAGGUCAUGACCCUCAUGCCGGUUGAAGUAUGCAUUAGCACGGGAUGACAUCUAGCGGAUUGGGGACUGUUGAUGUCGAGUUUUCCUGCCCUCCCCAUGAAGCUGGCCAAAUAGGUGAGGAAGUCCAGUAGUUUCAGACACUUAUACCUCUUUUUUUACUUCUAUAGCCUUAUUUUUGCCCUUACAGCGAUUGUAGCUAUAAUUUUUAGUCACAAAUGGCCUUUUUCGCUUAAUUGUUCAUAUUUGUCAUGGGCACAAUUUAAAUUU